UGGGUCGUGCCUGCCAGUGCUGCCAAGCGUCCCAAAGUGGCAGUUUUCUUUUUUCCGACAAUUACUGCGACACUUUUGCAAAAUAAAUUUAUUUAUUCCUUGAAUAAACCGGUGCAUUUUUUUACUGCCAACUAUGUCCCUGUUAAAUAACGACGACAGCAUUCCCAACAUGGACGAGGAUCCGCAGGUGGUGAUCCAGGAAGACGAAUGUUCCACGGUACCCCACAUGCCAAGUGGCAGGUCCAUGGACUCUCUGCGCUCAUCCUUUACCAACCGUAGCUCUACCCCGGAUUCCUCGCACAACUCACUGGAGGCAUUGGAAAUGGCCCAAGAUGACAGGGAGGAGAAGGCUCGUCUAAUUACUCAGGUGCUGGAGCUGCAGAACACCCUGGAUGACCUGUCCCAGAGGGUAGAUUCCGUUAAAGAGGAGAAUCUCAAGUUGCGCUCGGAAAACCAGGUUCUGGGACAGUAUAUAGAGAAUCUGAUGUCUGCCUCCUCGGUGUUCCAGUCUACAAGCCCAAGUGCAGCGAAAAAGAAGUAGAAGGACCUUCCUCGGAACCUAAACUCAUCUCAAAUAUGAUGCCUUGCUAGAAACUACAAACAUUGUAAUCUUCGAAAUUAAGCUUAUACAAUAUUAUUUCAGUUGCUAAUCCGUCGAAUUUGUGCACAACCAUAUGGUCUUUGUUAGGUUUAAGCUUGUCGCGCGCUAUGUAUUUUAUACAUAACAUUAAUUUAUUUAUAUAGAUAAUUAAUAAAUCAAUAUAUUACCCCACA